UUUACCCAUUUUCUUUUGAAGAAAAUGUAUUCGGAAUACGUGGAAAACCUUGAUAACGAAGCUAAGCAGAGGUACAUUGAAAAAAUAAAGGAUAUCAAUUAUAAAGAUCCAUAUUUAUUACAUAAUACGGAACUUUCAACUAGUGCAUCAGACUUGCCGGAUGUAACGUAUAUAGACAUUGUGAAUUACAUGGUUUAUGGCGUCAGUGCGUACACAUUAGAAGAAUUUAAAGCUUAUAAAAGCUUGCAAGCUUACAAUCUAUUUUCCUGUGGAUGGGUGUUGAAUGUUUUCGCCAAGAAAAUGGCAGCUAUGUGCUUGGUGAUUGGCAAAGUGAGACAUUCCCAACGGCUCUCGGAAAAACCUCUCAGUCCAUGGUUCCUUGCCAAUCGACAAGGCGUGAUUCAGUCUGCUCACUGCACCUGUAUGGCUGGGUUAGGCGAAUCAUGCACACAUAUUGCUGCCUUAAUGUUUUUUGUGCAAUACACAGUCUUAAAGAGAGAAGAAAAAUCGGUCACCUCCAUUGAGCAAUAUUGGGGAAAGCCGAAAAAAAGUGUGGACUUUGCUCAAGUAAAAGAUAUUGAUUUUUCGACUCCAAGCACAAGCAAAGAAAGUGCACCCAAAGAAGGAUCAUCUGUGCCUGAAAUGGAGGAUGUUGAGUUUUUUAAGUUUUGUGGGCAACUCCGAGAUGCUGGGUGCAACAGCGCUCUUUUAAAGGUCGUACCUGGUUUUAACGAUGUUGAAAUUGGUUGGUUGGUUAGUUGA